UCGGUCAUAUCAAGUGGAUACGAAACUCACCGGCAACUAAUUCUAUUCACAUUUUAUUUGGACAGCCAACAAAAUGCAGUGCGAACCGGAGGAGUCGCAAUCAUUUCAAAUGCAAGCGUUGGAAAUACCGGAUCUGGGCAAGGAUUUUGAUCCAAAGAAGCCGCCAGUCAAUGGCGAGGAAUAUUUAAUGCACAUGUUGUAUGAACGCAAACGAUGCCCAGUAGUAGUAACAAAACGAUCAGACAAAAUCACAAAUGAGUCUGCAGCGAGCUCAUGCAGUGGCAUCCAGGGAACACCAAGCCCACCGCCAUCGCCAAUGAAAUGCCUCUUUCCCACGCCAGAAUGGCAGCAAACGCAAAGCUCUAGUUUCAAGGAAGCACGCUCACGCAUCAGUGCUAUACGCCGCGAACUGAAGGUGCAUAAGUACGACGAGUCCAUUGAACCACCACUUACCACAGACAUCGAACAGUGGCUGCAUUUCUGUCGUGACCAAGAGCCUUUGCUCAGUACACUUUUGCGUCUCAGCCAAAGUGACUUGGAGCUGCUACUAGAAAUGCAAAGCCAUUGGCUAAAAAAUGAUCCGCAAAAAAAUACGGAACCUUCUACCUCUGCGUCCACCUCUAUCGCUUUGCAUGGCUCCGACGCUUGGCUAGCUCGUUGGCUUUAUGCCACACUAGCCACAUUACAUAUGCCUUUAGAGCCAAACGUGUACAGUACCUUGCGCUCUGUAGCACGCGCAUGUCUGGAGCUGCGAAAUCAACUACAACCCGAGGAAGAGCACUAUGCCACUCCAUACAAUCUCAUUAUCACCAUUAUUGUCAAUGUGUUCGGUCAAGCUGACUUAGCCGCCUAUUUAUGAAACAAUUAUAGUUGUAAAAUAAGUUAA